AUGAAAAACGGGGGCCAGGAACCCUUUAAUCUUGGCUCUGCUGCGGAAUUCCAGGCGAUGAUAGAUGCUUUUCUGUUAUUACCAAUUUCAUCUACUGGAAAAAAAUUUACCUGGACAAAUAAUAGGAGAAGAGGACAUGUGGCAGCAGUGUUGGAUCGCAGUUUUUGUAAUGAAAAAUGGGUGGAUUCUUUCAGAAAUGUUAGGCAGCGUGUCUUGUUGAGUUCAGUAUCAGAUCAUGCUCUGUUGCUUGUAAUUUCUGAUAUUGUCUCAAAGCCGAAUAACAUUCCAUUCAGGUUCCAUGGAUUUUGGAUGGAAAAUGAAAAUUUUCUUCCAGUGGUUGAUGAGGCAUGGAAGAUGCAGUUAAUAGGUGACCUUAUAUAUGUUUUAUCUGAAAAGCUGAAGAGAGUAAAGGGGGUGUUAAAGGUAUGGGCUCAUGAUUCCUUUCCAAAUAUAAAUAUGGAGUUAGAGCAGGCAACGAAGGUUUCAAAAUCGAUCCAAGACUCAAUUGAAGAAUCAAGUAUGUCUAAUGAUAUUUUCAAUAAAGAGGCUGAUGCAAAAAUGACCUUGUUGAUUGCUAGUCGUAGACACGAGGCUCUUUGGGCUGAGAAGGCGGAACUGAGAUGGGUGAAAAAUGGGGACUGCAACUCCAAGCUAUUUCAUCUCUCUAUGAAGCUGUGGAGGGCGAGAAAUCAAAUUUCUGCUUUAAAGAGGGAGGAUGGGUCUUGGCUCUUGGAUCAAAGGGAAUUGCUGAACGUGGCUAGUCUAGAAGCGACUCCUGGCAGAGAAGAAAUCAAAAAAGCAGUGUGGGAUAUGGAUCUUGAUAGUUCUCCUAGUCCCGAUGGAUUUUCAGGAAAAUUCUUUAGGAAAUGUUGGGAGAUAGUGGAGACAGACUUUGGUAAGCUUCUUUUAAGCUCUUCCAAGUUAUCUAUUUUAGUGAAUGGAGGGCCAGUGGGUUUUUUCCCAGUGGGCAAAGGUCUGAGACAAGGAGAUCCUAUUUCUCCAUUCUUAUUUAUUUUGGCGGAGGAAGCAUUCUGCAAAGGUCUGAAGUUGCUAGUAAGGGAUGGGAAGCUGAAGUCUCUCCUGGGACCUCAAGGUGUGUCCAUUCCCUCUCAUUUAUUUUUUGCAGAUGAUAUAUUUAUUUUUAUGAAUGCUUCUGCAAAAUAUGUGAGGAAUCUCCAAGAUUUCCUAGAAAAAUAUCAAGCCUUUUCAGGGCAGAAUUUCAAUCUGGAUAAAAGUAGCCUAUUUUUUGGGAAGGUGGCACCCCACAGGAAACAAUAUAUUUCUUCUCUAUUAGACAUAAAAUUAGAGAGGCUUCCGACGAAGUAUCUAGGCGUGGAAAUUUUCAAGGGAAGAGUGAAAGGAUCUCAUCUAUUACCUCUGCUAGAUAAGAUAAAAAGAAAGCUAGCUGGAUGGAAGGGUAUGCUGCUCUCAAUGGCGGGAAGAGUGGAGUUGGUGCGAUCUGUGAUCUCUAGUAUCCCUGUCCAUAACUUCGCAGUAUAUUGGUGGCCGGACCAUUCUAUUAAAUUGGUCGAAUGGUGGAUGCGUAAUUUUAUCUGGUCAGGUGAUAUGGAGGUGACAAAGAAAAUAGUGGUGAACUGGGAUGAUGUCUGCAAACCAAAACAGGAAGGAGGGUUAGGCAUUCGCAGACUGCGAGAUGUAAAUUUUGCCUGUCUAGCAAAGUUGACUUGGCAGAUUAAGCAUGAGGUGUCCUCUAUGAGUAAGUUCUUCCGAGAUCGCUUUCUAAAAGCAGACGGAUCUUUGAAAUCUGGCCAUAUCUCCUCUUUGAUUUGUCCAGGGAUAAAGAAAGUCUGGAAUUUUGUGACUUUAAAUGAGCAGUGGACAGUAGGUAAUGGGCAAAAUAUUGAUUUCUGGAAGGGCAGGUGGUUGGAUCAUCUCUCCAUUGAAGAAAUGCUUCUGAAUGAUGGUGGUCACAGUGGGAAUUUAAAGGCUAAAGUCUGCGAUUUUAUCCAUAAUUUUAGAUGGGAAUUUCCUCAGGUAGUGUCUAACUUCAUGAAAAACAUUAAAAAUAAAGCAAAAUUGAUCUAUAUUUCAGGCAUGGAGGAUGAGUGUCAUUGGCGCCCUUCUUCAGCAGGAGUUUUUUCCAUAAAGUCAGCCUGGGAAGCCUGUAGAAGAAGCUCGCCUAAGGUGAGCUGGUCAUCUUUGGUGUGGAAGUCCUCUAUUCAACAGCGUCAAGCAGUUUUUGGAUGGAGAUUGAUCAGAAAUAAACUUGCUUUAGAUGUGAAUGUGAAAAGGAGAGGAUGGGUCAAAUUAAAUUCUGACGGCUGCUCGUUGGGCAAUCCGGGAAAAGCAGGUGGGGGAGGUAUUCUGCGCAAUGAGAAGGCUGAAGUGUUAUAUAAUUACAGAGAGUUCCUUCAAAUUUGCACAAAUUUUGAGGCGGAAUUCCAGGCUAUUAUCGCAGGAUUUGAAGCUGCAAACCGAUUGGGGUGCAAAGUUUAUGGAUUGAAUGUGACUCAGUCGCGGUGGUUCGUCUUUUGCAGAAAAAGAAAAUUCCUUGGAAAUUUUGGCAAAGGUGGAUUGACUGCUUACCCUACCUUUAAAGGGUGGAGUGGAAGAUCACGCACUGCUUUCGUGAAGCAAAUUCUGUAG